GGGGCGCGGCUGCGCGGGCGGCGGUUGGCGGCAGGCCGGCGGCGCGGGGCGCGGGGCGCGGGCGGAACUCCGAGCGAGCAGCGUUCCUCGCAUCCUGACGUGUUUCUCCGGGAGCGGACUGCGACUCUGACGCCUCAGCGCUUCCGUAAUCCGCCGUUGCUGCAGGAAAAAGGCUUGUCCUCGGCGUUGCAACAUGAAAACGAUGACAGGGUCAAACGAGUUCAAGCUAAACCAAACCCCAGACGAUGGCAUUUCCUCGGUGAAGUUCAGUCCAAAUACAUCCCAGUUUCUGCUGGUUUCAUCCUGGGACACGACCGUCCGGCUCUAUGAUGUUCCUGCCAACACCAUGAGACUCAAAUACCAACAUUCAGGAGCUGUCCUUGACUGUGCUUUUUAUGAUCCAACCCAUGCCUGGAGCGGAGGAUUAGAUCAGCAAUUGAAAAUGCAUGAUUUAAACACGGACCAAGAAAACCUUGUGGGUGCUCAUGAUGCUCCUAUCAGGUGUGUUGAGUACUGCCCAGAAGUGAACGUCAUGGUGACUGGAAGCUGGGAUCAAACGGUUAAACUGUGGGAUCCCAGAACUCCCUGCAAUGCAGGAACCUUCUCUCAGCCCGAAAAGGUCUACACACUUUCUGUGUCUGGGGAUAGGCUGAUUGUGGGGACAGCAGGUCGAAGAGUGCUGGUGUGGGAUCUGCGGAACAUGGGUUACGUGCAGCAGCGAAGAGAAUCCAGCCUGAAAUACCAGACCCGCUGCAUCAGAGCCUUCCCCAAUAAACAGGGUUAUGUUUUAAGCUCUAUUGAAGGUCGUGUUGCAGUGGAGUACUUGGACCCGAGUCCAGAGAUCCAAAAGAAGAAAUACGCAUUCAAAUGUCACCGUUUGAAGGAAAACAACAUUGAGCAGAUUUACCCAGUCAAUGCCAUUUCCUUCCACAACGUCCACAACACCUUUGCUACAGGUGGCUCCGAUGGGUUUGUGAAUAUCUGGGACCCGUUCAACAAGAAGAGGCUGUGCCAGUUCCACCGGUACCCAACCAGCAUCGCCUCGCUGGCAUUCAGCAAUGACGGCACCACCCUGGCCAUAGCCUCCUCUUACAUGUACGAGAUGGAUGACAUCGAGCACCCCGAGGAUGGGAUCUACAUCCGCCAGGUGACAGACGCAGAGACAAAACCCAAGUCUACUUAGACUUCUGGUGAUAUUUCUUCUCUCCAAGAGGCGCCUGCCUGCUCCUAACAAGACUAAAUGAAAACAAGAGAAGUGAGAAGAACAAUCUCUGUACCGAUGUGGCUUCUUAACCGAGAAACGUUUGUUUCUUGUAAUCUGUCAGUGCUUGCCUCUUUAGAGUGGUAGCAAAGCUGUUCCCUUUGCCUGCUGCCUGUAGCUCUUAGAUUAGUCUGCCUAGACCAUCAUUUUAUAAAAACUUAGCACAUUUUGUUAGUAUCUCCUGUUGGAAGCUUCCAGCACUCUCUUAAUUGUUCAAUAAAUGUUGGUAGUUUUUGUUAA